UAAUUGGUUGCGUUGGCGUCUCCUCAGGGAAUUGGCGUCUUGACGCUCUACAAUUUGCGAAACAGGAAACAGCCAAGAAUCAGGCCCUUUCAAUCCGCCCCUUGGGUGGCGGGCUCUGAUGGAUGGCAGAGUGGUUUCGGGUUUCGGGUUUCGAGAAGGUCGGCGCAAAGCCUUACUACAUUGCCUAUGAAAGGGAUGAACGCACGAUGGUGAAAAAGUAAUUGCGUGAAUUGACAACUAAAAAAAAAUCAGAAAAUGGAUUUUUACUGGUCUCCUAAUAAUUUGAUCUACAAUCCUCUGAAGUUGAUUUAAAAAUGUUCUCUGGAUCAAAAAUUACAGAAGAAUCCUUGUAGUGGAAUUCAGAGAAACACCAAUCUUAAUAUAAUGGAAUCUUGUUAAGAAAAGAAAAUGUGGAUGCAUCAGCAAGAGAAACUGUUGUCUUAUAAUGGGAUACUGCUUCUUUUCCAACUAUCAAGAGGGAACAAUUCACAGAGCGAUGAUAACACAAUUACUACAUUGCAUGUGAAAAGAAUGACAUUUGACAAUGGCACUAAAUUUUUUAAUGAGGUGUCCACUGGAUCAUUUUGCAUAUAUGGUGAAGAUAUUGAAAUUAUUCACUGCAGCAAUGCAUCUGAUUUCAGAACUGGAAUUCUUCACCCUUGCAUUCUUUUGAAAAAGAAGAAAAAGAAAAAAAUUAAAUAUAUGCUAUUGUUGAUUCAUACCAAUAAUAAAUUUGAACUGGUUCUGCAAUUUAAAUUAGACUAUACAAUCAAAGAACCUGUAAAAUUAUUGGCUGGUCCAACAAUACUAUGGUGUUAUGAAGGACAUCUGUUACAUAUUUCUCCCCAAACUGGCAUUGUUUUAUGUGCCCCUAUUCAGUUUUCUUCUGUCCAAUGGGCUGGUCAAAUGAAAGGUGAGGGUACAGUUGUUUUAGGAACCAGAGCUGCUGGUUUUCCAGGAGACAAUAAGCAAAGUAGUGCUAGGUCAGACCUGGCCAUCUGGGGAUAUGAGUGUUUUGCAUAUGGAGUUGACAAACAAAAAGUACUAUUGAAUGCUAGUUUCUUGCCUCACGCUUAUGGCAGUGUGGUGCGUUGUGUAUAUGUUUGCAAAACUGAAGUAAAAAGAAGCAAAUAUAAGACAUCACUGAUUGCAGUUACUUGCAAAGGCCAAUUGAUUUUUUUUCAAGAUGGUUGGCCUAAACACCUCCUGCAGCUUCCAUAUGAAAAUCCUUUUUCGGUACAAAUAGCUGCAGUGGAUGGAGAUCGCAAAUUGGUGAUCGUGAUGUUUGCUUCCGGAGAUGUAUGUGCUAUAUGGAAACAUAACUUGCAGGUGGCUUUUUGCUGGAAGAAUGUGAGAUCUGUUCUGGUAGAUGAUUUUGCUGGUAUUGGAACUGAACAAAUCUUAGUUUUUUUAAAGAGUGACUCUAUUUCAGAAACAUUAAAGGCAUUUCAAAUAACAGAUUUUGGAAAUAUUAAUUAUGAGAGUAAUAUAAACUAUGAAAAUGACUGUUCUGCUGAAGAGAUACAAGAAAAUCGCCUUCUUACUAUCAAAGCCCUUGAAGCACGAUUACAGGCUGGUUUUGCAUCUGUUCGAGCCAUUCAACAACAUUUACGCCUCAAAGAAAAAGUUUUGAUGGAAAGCUGUCAUGCAUUAUUAGAUCUUGUUCAAGAUUGGAAACAAAGAAUUCCUAGGAUCAAAAAGGAAAAUCUUGUUUCUCUUUGGGAUGAAACAGAGGAAGAAUUUCAUAAUGGUGUAUUGACUCCAACUGAAGAUGAAGAACAAAUUGUAAAGAAGGUUUGGUAUCGUGUGGUGGAUGACCAGUUAAUAGUUGGAGUAGAAGUCAUGGAAACAUUCAACUUCAGGCAACUCAGUGAUGCCAGUUUAUCUCUGAUAAUUGGCCAGAAGUGCCAUUUACUUUCUCCAUCAAAAUGCCACUGUAGAGUAGUUACAGUGACGAAAGCUUCAGAAGCUGAGCCUCUAUCAUGUUGGCACUUGGAACCAUUGCCUAAAAAAAUCAAGUUAAGUUGCCUUAAUGAAGAAAGCAAGUGCAAUGGAAAAGACUCAGAAGUGAAGAGGAAUAAGGCAAAAGCCAUUACAGCAGUUACCCAACUGUCCCCUUUCUUGGCAUGGCAUGAAAUAACUUGCAUGGUACUGCUUCAUGCAAAGAAGAGCAGUAACAGUGAAAACUGGCAGAAAAGCAAAAGAUUGACUUUGCUAUGUGGAGAUUUUUUACUAAGUCUGGUAGAGAUUUCUACUGGAAAGCUUUCAAUAAAUUUGAAAGAGUAUCCAGGUUCUACAGAAGAUCUUUUGGCACUCUGUUCAAUAACACACAAAUCCUCUUUCCAAAUAAUCUCCUCUGACUGCACAUUGUUUCCAGUAAACAAGCAUCUAUUGGAACAAAUGGAGUGUGCACCAAUUGAAAAAUAUCCGGAUUAUAUGGUCUGCUGGAAAUCUGGAAAUCUGAAUGGCACUCUUUUCAAGUGGAAUCUAAAAACACCUUUUGAAGGAUUUUUAACAGUAUUCUGCAGACAUCAACUUGCCUUAUUCCAGUGCCUUCAUGCCUUCAUUGGAUUGCUACCACCAACUUGCAAGAUAAAAUUACUGAAGUUAGGAAAUAAGAAUCUACUUGCUGAACAGCUUGGACUGACUUUAAUAAAAGAAACAGAAUUUUUCCAACAUGUUUUAUCGUCAGCUCUGAGACAAAUUGAAAAUAACUUUUCUCUGAAAAAUGAAGGAAGCAAAGAAAAUAAUACCACUUCCACAGUUGAACAUUUCAAAGAAGCAUUUAUAAAAGAACAAAAGCAAAGUAUGCUGAGUAUGAAUAGAACAUUGAGUGGUUCCUUAUUCAGAAAGCAUAUUUUGAAUGUGUUUGAUUUGCAGAUGAAUUCUGAUAUGAUGUCAUGGUUAUGCUCUUCAAUCUGACUUUACUUUGCAGUAUUUAUUAACUAGAAAUAUAAUUCGUUUAUAAUAUAAUAUAUUUAAGUCUACAUUUAAUUAGUCUGUAAGAUUAAAAAAAAACAAACCUGCUUGUGUUUUAAUUCUAUUUCUAGGAAGUUUCUAUUACAAGAAAAUUAUUGUGCAAAAAUUUCAAGGGCUAUGGGCAAUUAUUACUUGGCUAAGCAGACAUACAUUUACCAAUAUAUAUGCAUUUCUCACAAUUCUGUAUUCACAUAUUGCUUUAUUCUAGAACAGCACUUAGGAGUCUACGGGGAGGAGGAGGAUAGUAUGAAAUACUUGAUUUGAUACCAUUUACAGAUAAAGGAUGGUAUAGUGAUAUACCCUGAUAUUUGCUGUAAUCAACAUUGAGUUUUCUAAGAUGUGUUAUCUAGGAAAAAAUCCUGCAGCAGAUAGCUGUAUUAGAAUACAGCUAGGUACCUUGUUGCAGUGAGAUACUAAGAGCAGCUAUCAAUUGUUCACUUAUUUUUGUAUAGAUAACAUUUGUCACAACAGGAAUGAUGCAUGAGUGCUUUAGAUUCAGCAUUCAGGAUAUUUUUUUCCAGUUAAUAUUCAAUAUGGAGUUUUUAUCUAUGGAAUGUUGUGGGUGGCCACUGAUAAUUAUAUUAAGGAUAUUCUUGAAUGCAGUUGAACAAAUCUGAGAACCUGCAGAGUUCUGCGUGAGAACCUGCUGCAUGAGUAAAUUAAAUUAUCCCAUGAGUAUGUUCCGUAUGUAUCUGUUGUAUUCACUACAAAUAUAACAAAUAUUUUAUCAUCAUGUUCUGUUUAAGAUAUUAUGUUUAAUGUCAGCAUACAACGUAUAUUUAGGUUCAUACUGUACAUACUAACAGCAAUCAGCAUUCACAAUUGAUCCUAUACUAGUUUACCUAUAGCUGUAGUCAUCUUAAAAAUCUUUGGCUAUCUACAGUUUAGUAAUAAAAUAUGGUAUGGAAA